AUAGAGAAUUUGUUGAUCAAGCGUUUGACUAUUGUAAAGAGAGAUGCUUUCGAUUAGUUUGUUAGCCGUUGUAAUGAUGUCUUCUAUUAGAGUAAUUGCUACUACCGGUAGUGGUGAUGGUACAACACUUGGUCCAGAAACUACUACAUCACUACCGAUGUCAACAGCAGAUAAUUCUUUGAGUGUCCUGAUUGGUGGAGUUCUUGGUGGCAUACUUGCUGUUAGCUUACCAAUCAUUAUCAUUGGAAUAAUUGUUGUUAUCCUCUUAUUGAAGCUGUUAUAUACUCGCACAACACCGAGCAAAAGGCAGAGGGCGCAGUUGAUGUUUGAUGAAGUUGAGAAAGAAGGCUCCUCGAAAACCAUGAGUGAUUCAGAGAGCAGCCCCCCACCACCUGCUACUUGGCGUAAAGUCACCAUACGCAAAACAGUUAAGCAAACAGAGGAAAUGGAACUGAAAGUUGUGGGAGGAGAGUUUGAUCAACAAUAUAAAGAAAGCACACAAGCAAACAUUGAUCAGGAUAGUUCUAAAGUGCAGGUAGAGAUGUCUGAGCAAGUUGAGAACAAGAAGACCGAGACAGCUGAGGGCCAAGCUGCUGGAGACCAGAGUGGAGAAGCCAAGGCUACAAAUCAAAAUGAGGUCGAGACUCAAAGUGAAGCCAAAGUUGAUAGUGGGGAGACAAAAACCGAAGAUCAAGUAGAAAAGAAAGCUGACAAACCACUAGAAGUGAAAACUGAAGAUCAAACCGAUGAUCCAAAAGGGGAAGAUCAACCAGCUACCAAGAGUGAUGCUGAACAAGCAGAACCAGAUGCCGAAAAGAAGACAGACGAUCAAGCAGUGGCCGUGGAUGCAAAUGCCGAGCAGCCAAAAGAAGAGCCCAGCAAACCUCUAGAGGAGAAAUCAGAAACUGACGAGAAAAAAGAUGCCCCAACCGAGAGCUGUGAGUCAGACAAGACAAAGGAGCUGCAACCAGAGAGCACUGAAAAAACUGACAAAGAUGCCCCAACCGAGAGCUGUGAGUCAGACAAGACAAAGGAGCCGCAACCAGAGAGCACUGAACAAACUGACAAAGAUGCCUCAACCGAGAGCUGUGAUUCAGACAAGGCAAAGGAGCCGCAACCAGAGAGCACUGAACAAGCUGACAAAGAUACCCCAAAAGAGGAGACUAAAGCUGAAGACAAGACUUCGGAGGUGCCCAAAGAUUCUAGUGGAGACGAGGUAAAGAAACCAGAGGAGCCAACUGGUGGUGAUAAAGAAAGCGAGAAAUCAACUGAGACGACUGGAGAAGUGGAAAAGAAAGAAGAGAAAGCUCAAGUAGAGGAAGUUGCAAGCGAAGUAACAAAAGACAAUAAAUCAGAAGAUAGUAGCAAGUAAGAUAUGUCUUGAGACAAUACAUAGCUAGUUAGUAGCAAGAAAUCUCUCAUAUUUAUUGGCUCAUGUGCCCAUGCAGUUGUGUGUUUAUGAACAGGCUAGCUUAGUUUAUCAUUUCUGUUAUUCUACCAUGUUAGUUUUCCUGAUGGCAGAUGUUUUCAUGUUUACUGA